GCCUGCAGGCCAGGCCUGGCCGCUCCCGGCCCCGGGGGGCACAUCGCCCCUGAGUCCAUUUCCAGAGGCUAGGCUGGGGAAGCUCCUGUCUCUGCUCAGGACGUCGGCCUCCCACCUUCCUCCAGGCCCCCCACCCAUCUGACUGACUGGCUGAGUGGCCGCCAUGCGUCUGCCUAGGGCUACCGCUGCUGGCGGCCUGGCCCUGGGGCCACUUGUGCUGGGUCUCUGUGGGCUCCUGGCAGAUUCCCACCUCCAGCUGGUGCACCCAUACAGCUCAGAAAACCAGACUUGCAGGGACCAGGAAAAGGAGUACUACGAGCCCAGGCACCGGGUCUGCUGCUCCCGCUGCCCACCAGGCACCUAUGCCUCAGCUGAGUGCAGCCGCAGCCGGGACACAGUUUGCACCACGUGCUCUGAAAACUCCUACACUGAGCACUGGAACUACGUCUCCUCCUGCCACCUAUGCCGCCCGUGUGACUCCGUGAUGGGCCUUGAGGAGGUUGAGCCUUGCACCAGCAAGAGGAAAACCCAAUGCCGCUGCCAGCCUGGAAUGUUCUGUGCAGCUAGGACCCAUGAGUGUACGCACUGCGAGCUACUUUCUGACUGCCCCCCUGGCACUGAAGCUGAGCUCCAAGGUAAAGUUGGGGAGGCUAACAACAACUGUGUCCCCUGCAAGGCAGGGCACUUCCAGAACACCUCCUCCCCCAGUGCUCGCUGCCAGCCCCAUACCAGGUGUGAGGACCAGGGUCUGGUGGAGGCAGCUCCAGGCACCGCCCAGUAUGACACAAGCUGCAGAAACGCAUCAGAGCCACUGCCCCCUGAGAUGGCAGGAACGAAGUUGGUGCUGGCCAUCCUGCUGCCUCUGGUCUCCUUCUUGCUCCUUGCCACCAUCCUUGUCUGCACCUGGAAGAGCCACCACUCUCUCUGCAGAAAGCUGGGAUCCCUGCUCAAGAAGCGUUCAGAGGGAGAGGAAUCAAAUGCUGCUGUUCUAUGCCGGGAGGCUCCACUGGCCAACCCACAUUUCCCUGACCUGGUGAAGCCACUUAUACCCAUCUCUAGAGACUUGUCCCCAGCCUCUGUUGGGCACCUGACAACCACAGCUUUGGAUCACGAGGUGCUGCAACAGCAGAGUCCUCUGGGCCAGACCAGGGAGCCGGAGAUUGAGUCCAGGGAGCAAGGCCAGGUAGCCCACGGUACCAAUGGUAUUCAUGUCACCGGCGGGUCUAUGACCGUCACUGGCAACAUCUACAUCUACAAUGGGCCAGUGGUAGGGGGAGCACGGAGCCCUGGAGAUCCCCCAGCCCCUCCAGAACCUCCAUACCCAAUUCCUGAAGAGGGUGGUGACCCUGGCCCUCCCGGGCUCUGUACACCUUACCAGGAAGAUGGCAAAGCCUGGCACCUGGCCGAGACAGAGCACUGGGGUGCCACACCCUCGAACAGGGACCCAAGAAGCCAAUUUGUCACCCAUGCCUGAUCACAUCUGGGAAAAGAAGGAGAAGGAAGACACAUGAGCACCUUCUCUUCUGAGGCUGCCCUACCCACACAGGACUCAUGGGGGCCUGGGUAGGACCCUGAGAGGCAGAGCCCAAGCGUCAGUCUUUGAGAGCAGGACUGGACACUGGUCCGGUACAGUGUCCUCCACAGGACUCUCACCACUGCCUGAGCAAGCCUGAGGCCUCAGGAUAGACCUGCAUGCCCACUUGGGCUGUGGCAACUCAGCCUUGGCACAGACAGGGCACGUGAUGCUAAUUGUUGCCCACCAUGGCAUGCUGCACCCAAGCAUAGCACUGAGGGAGCCACUACACGGUUACCUGCAAGGACGUCACCGGGGCCUCUGAAGAACUCAUGGUGCUUAUCCCCAAGCUUCAGAGGCCCUUUGAGGGUCUACUUUUCACAUGGACUAAGGUAGACUCUACAUGAAGAUGAAGUUAUAGGGAAGAACCUCCUUCCCUUCCCUAGAGGAGAAGAAAAAGAAUCAUUGAAAACUGAGCUCUGGGUAGGACUAGCUGGUCUGGGGGAGAUUUUUGGAAGAGGAAGAGAGUGAUGAAUGUAUUUAUAAAUUGUAACCACAUGCAAAUAAAGCAGAGAUUGAGGCCCAGUUAA